CUCCGAGUACGUCGCAGGCACCUCCAAAAGCCCCGUACCUUUUUUCCCGUUGCCAAAUCUGUUGAAGCUAACAUUCCUCUACUCCUCUACUCCUCUACAAUAUUUCAAUGGCUAAACCAACCUAGCCCGACCCAGUUUUGUUUAUAAUUGGAAUAGCAAUUAACAAUUCUUAGGUUAGAAAUACCGACUUAUUGGCUUAUCGAUUUUGGACGAAGCUCGAAUUAGGUACCUAGCGUAGGAGUUGGUUGAGUCGCGGGCGCGAUUUGUCGUGGGUAAGAAAUCGGCAGUACGUUACAUAGGGGACUAUAGGGACUCGGGCUGCUUGGGCCAGCCUUACAGGGAAUUUUGGUACUUCUUUAGCGCACGUUCGAGCCUUCCUCAUGAGGCGUCUCGUUUGGACAACGUGCAACUGCAACCGCGACUGCCUUAACUGCCUUGCGAGACGGAGGUAGCAAUCAUGUCCUCUAACAACGCCGAUAUUCGAUCCCUCGAACGAAUCAUAUCCACUUUGCUUAAUAAACAGUUACAACACAUCUGCUCAUCCCAUGGAUUGAGAACAAGUGGGGUCAAGGCCGAUUUACAGAAUCGCAUCAAGAAUGCGCUCCAUGAAAACUACCAGUCCGACCCCGCGAACUACAACGCGAUACGCGAGACGAUAAUGAACAUCCGAGGAGGAAACUCUGGUCCACAGAGUAUGGCUCCUCCGUCCAAUUUGGGCGUACAGCCUCAGAGUCGCAAUCCCUACUAUAGCUCGUAUGGCUCAUACCAACCAGCAGGUUCCAGUAUGCCCCAACCGAGUCACAGCUACAACAACGGCGCCAGCGUUGUCGGAAAUGGCGCUGGGUAUCCUAUUACUCCUAGAGCACCCCAUUCAGACAACGUCUUCAAAAAUACGCCCUUCUACACUAUCGAAAAGAGGAUAGGCCCGCUUCACACGUGUCCUGUUAUGAGCAACCACCGAAAUUCCAUCACCGUAACCUUGAAGGCUAGCGACUACCCCGAUCUUGGGCGAUGCGCGAUUUACUCAUCUACUAAGCUCAUGGUAUUCUGCGGAAGCGAAAGUACAGGCCUUCAGGAUAUCCAGUUCCCUCACCAGUCCGAGGUCAAGGUGAAUGAUGAUGACGUGAAACAUAAUCUUCGAGGCCUCAAGAAUAAACCGGGAUCAACCCAUCCGGUUGAUAUUACCCCCUUUCUAAGACUGAAGCAGGCCAACUAUACUAACAAAGUCGAGUUUACGUAUGCUCUGACAACUAAGAAGUUCUACCUAGCGCUAUAUGUAUGCAAAACACAUCCAAUCGAUGAAUUGGUUACGAGAAUCAAGGCGAAGAAGAUAUCCAAAACUUCGGUUAUUCGCGAGAUCUCCAAGAAAGCCAACGAUCCAGAUGUUGUAGCAACUUCCCAAAACCUGUCUCUGAAGUGUCCGCUUAGUUAUGCAAGAUUAAAGGUUCCCUGCCGAGGAACGGCUUGUAACCAUAUCCAGUGUUUUGACGCGAAUUCGUUCAUACAGCUCCAAGAACAGGGUCCGACUUGGAGCUGUCCAAUCUGCUCCAAAUCUGCGCCGUUUGAGACUCUAGCGAUAGACGAGUACGUACAGGAGGUCUUGGAGAACACUCCCGAGUCGUGCGAACAGGUCACCAUUGAGCCAGACGGUCAAUGGAGAGUGAAGUCGGAAGAGCCGGAACCGACCCGAUCUCGGCCCCCUAACGGCGCCAAGAUAGAGGAUGAUGAUGACGAUGAUGAUAUAUCGAUUCUUUCCGACACCCACGCUUUUGGCAACGGCAAUCCAGGUGGGCCAAUGGGCAGUAUGAGAAAUGCAAUGAGCACACCGAGUCGCUCUUUGCUUGGUGGCGGAACGCCCAACGGCGGCCGUCGAGAGACGCCGAAUACGCAAAGGUCGGGAAGCAGUAAGCGGCCGGCAGAGGUUAUUGAUCUUACCCUCAGUAGCGAUGAGGAUGACGAGCCUAUUGUUCGCCCUCCAAAACGUCAAAACCUAGGACCGACUAAUGGUCUGGACUUUCAUUCGGCGUUCAGCUAUUAGCAAUAUACGUCCUGCGCGCCACAGCCGCGCGACACAGUGGAUUUUUUACAACACCAGACAAUGGACUUCGUAAAAGAGUGGAUGAAGGUACUCCUACGGGACUAGGAAGUUGGUUAACAAUAGGGCAUCGGUAAUUCUUACGCAAAGUGGGCGAGAGUGGUUUCCACGACGGAUAUUACGACGUUUUCAUGAAAAGCAAUAUCUUGCGGCAUGGAAUCCGACAUUAUCGGAAGUUCGAUACGGAGCCUUUUAUUUUAUUUUUUCGCCUCUCCGUCCCUAGUUCUCUCUGUACAUAGAAUGCGAUCAUCCCCUUGUGCGAGCGAGGCACGGGUAUGAUAGGGGCAGGAAGGGAUGGUCACCUCGGCGUUAGGGGUGGAAAUACCUAUUGCUUUAUGGAGGCUACAUAUGGCUGGAGUUGCGAUCGAGAGGACCAGGGCGAAUCGUUUGAACUCGGUGGACUAUAGGUCUUUACCAGUAGUCUCGUUUAAAAGUGAAUAAUAAAAACCCGGUGAAUUGCAA